UGGCGCUCACAGAAACACUCUCGCUAUUCAGUUGCGCGAAGUCAGCAGCGUCGCGACAGCUUUUCCAGUUCGCUAAAAUUUUCAUGACUGUGAACAAUUUGUGGCUAUGCAAAAGUGAUUCGCCAAAAUGACCGUCAACGACUUCAAAGAGACCACCUGUGCCACCGCCGGCCACGAAGACAUGGACGCCGACGCCCUCAUCCAGCCCCCGCAGGCCGCCGACAGCGAGAACCUCCUGGGCCGCGUGCUCGCAGAAUUCGACGGCACCACCGUUUUGUGCCGAGUGUGCGGCGACAAGGCCUCCGGCUUCCACUACGGCGUCCACUCCUGCGAAGGAUGCAAGGGCUUCUUCCGGCGCAGCAUCCAGCAGAAGAUCCAGUACAGGCCGUGCACCAAGAACCAGCAGUGCUCCAUCCUGCGCAUCAACAGGAACCGCUGCCAGUACUGCAGGCUGAAAAAGUGCAUCGCCGUCGGGAUGAGUCGGGACGCUGUGAGAUUUGGGCGCGUUCCGAAAAGGGAGAAAGCCCGGAUUUUGGCAGCGAUGCAGCAAAGUUCGAAUUCGCGUUCUCUGGAGAAGGCAGUGGCCGCCGAACUGGAGGACGAGCAGCGUCUGUUGGCGACCGUUGUCAGAGCGCACAUUGACACAUGCGACUUUACCAGAGAAAAGGUCGAGCCAAUGCUGGCUCGGGCCAGAGAACAGCCCUCCUACACGGCAUGUCCUCCGACACUGGCGUGUCCGUUGAAUCCGAAUCCGCAGCCGUUGACCGGCCAGCAGGAGCUGUUGCAAGACUUCUCCAAGAGGUUCUCGCCGGCAAUUCGUGGCGUCGUCGAAUUCGCGAAACGCAUCCCAGGCUUCUCGCUGCUGGCUCAAGACGAUCAAGUAACGUUAUUGAAGGCCGGCGUUUUCGAAGUGUUGCUUGUGCGUCUCGCGUGCAUGUUCGAUACGCAGACUUCUAGUAUGAUCUGUUUAAAUGGACAAGUGUUAAAACGUGACUCUAUUCAUAAUAGUUCAAAUGCACGAUUUUUGAUGGACUCGAUGUUUGACUUUGCCGAAAGAAUGAACGCUUUGCGUCUGUCGGACGCCGAAAUUGGACUGUUUUGUUCGGUCGUUGUUAUCGCACCAGACAGGCCCGGCUUGAGGAACACCGAACUCAUCGAAAAAAUGCAGAACAAGUUAAAAGCUGCACUACAAAUGGUCGUCAAUCAAAACCACCACGGCCAAACGCACAUCAUUGAUGAACUCAUGAAGAAAGUUCCAGAUCUCCGUACUUUAAACACGUUACACUCAGAAAAGCUCCUAGCUUUCAAAAUGACUGAACAGCAACAAAUGAUGCAACAACAACAUCAACAGUUAUGGAAUACACCGAUGGAAGAGGAAAGUAGCAGUAAAAGUCCAACCGCUUCAUCAUGGUCGUCCUCUUCAGACGUCACAAUGGACGAAGCCAAGAGCCCACUCGGCUCAGUGUCAAGUACCGAGUCGAUGUGCUCCUCAGAAAUCACCUCCUUGAAUGAUUACCAUCAACUAGGGCAACAUCAUGUCAGUUCGAACGUAACCAACGCUCCUCUCUUAGCGGCGACCCUUUCCGGUGGUCUUUGCCCGCACCGGCAUCGAGCCAACUCCGGCUCGACUUCGUCAGGUGACGACGAACUCGCAGCAACGUCACAUCUCAUCCACAACGGCCUCACGAUAACCCCAGUCGCGAGACCGCACACCCACCCCAGAUUCCGCAAAUUGGACUCGCCGAGCGACUCCGGCAUCGAAUCCGGUACCGAAAAAGUCGACAAACACAGCGCUCCCACAUCCCUAUGUUCGAGUCCGCGGUCCUCAAUGGAAGAAAACCACAUCGUCGAAGAAAUGCCGGUGUUAAAACGCGUCCUCCAGGCCCCUCCACUGUACGACACAAAUCUCCUAAUGGACGAAGCCUACAAACCACACAAGAAAUUCCGAGCGUUGCGCAAUAAAGACUCGGCCGAGGCCGAACCUGCCGUCGUCAUGUCGCCCCAGCCCCAGGUCCAGCACCAGCAGCAGCAGCAGUCGUCGCUGUCGAGCACCCACUCGACGUUGGCCAAGUCGCUGAUGGAAGGGCCGCGGAUGACGGCCGAGCAGAUGAAAAGAACGGAUAUAAUUCACAAUUAUAUAAUGAGGGACGAGCAUCCGGUGGGAGCGGCGUCGCCGAUGGUGACGGCCGCGCCGACCUCGUGCCCGUACAAAGUCAACAACGGGCUGCUGCAGCCGGCCUGGGCCACCAGCGUGAUCACCACGACGGGCCGCCACCAGCAGCAGUGCAGCUCGCCGCAAGAGUACAACCGCAUGUACCUGCAGUCGCCGCACUCGACGUCGCCGGCGCCGCCCAGCUCUCCGCUCAAGAUCGUGGAGCUGCAGGUUGACAUUGCCGACUCGCAGCAGCCGCUCAACCUGUCCAAAAAGUCGCCGUCCCCGUCGCCGAGACCGAUGAAGGUUGUCACGUUGGAGGUUUAAUUUCGUCCGUUUCGAGACCGAGUUUAGUACAAAGUGGAGUGCGCGCCUCCCAGGUGAGGACUGUAAGCCACCUGAUGGUAGCAAGAGUGAAAGGUGCCACUUGAUUGUAUUACAAACCAAAUAAUUUAUAAUCGCACUAGCUAUCUAUUAUCUGUCUCUGUAUAACCGAUGUGUUGUUGAUGUGUGAACAGUUUUAUGUUGUAGUUUAGGAUGGUUGGGCCAAAGGGCCGAUUCUCAUGUUCUCAUGUAAUUACUUCCGCCAUGGCCGGAGCAGCGCGCGACUUGUACAUAGUGGACCAACCCCGGCGCGCUGCUCCGGCGACCUUCUAUUAUAUAAGAUUUCAGAUUUAAACAAUCACUAAUUUAAUGGCUAAUGUAAAUGAAUAUUUAUGAAAUAAAACAUAGUUAUGAAACUGGCAUCAGCACCAAUCCUACGAUAGAUUUAUAAUAAUUACAAUAUCAUUUUAAAAUAAAAACCUAGUAAUAUCUAUUAUAUGUAUAUGUGAUAAUUUUCUUGGUAGGACAUAAUUGUGCAUAAGUUCGUGUUAUGUAUCUCAGUUUGUAAAGAGACUCAUCGUUAUUUUGUAAUCGUAUCACGAUCAUCUUCACCACCAUCAUGCGUGUUGUAGUAUCACCGCCAUUCGCAUCAUUUCGACCGGCUCCAGGAGAUCGACUGAAGAAGGUGACGACGCUCCUAUUUCGUACUAACCAUAAAAAUCCGACGUCGCAUCUUCUACGCAAAGUCUCCGGACUCGCGCUCGUUCGUCGGACAAGUUAGUUCUGCCCUCAACCGCGAUCCAUCGAUCAAUGUUCAUCUGAUGAUUGUCUAUGUAAUUUUGUAAAUUGGUAGCUUGUUGAGGCUGUCAGAAUAAACCAUGUCUUGGUGAUAUUA